AUGGACAAGUGGUUAAACGUGUGGCAGUAUCUAGUCGCUCUUAGCCGUUUAGUGAUCUCUACGAUCGUUUUCUUCGUGCAGCAUCGUUGGCUGCGGUUCUGGCCCCCUCGGGAACGACCCCUGGUGACCGUUCGCCAGGGGAAAGUACGCGGCAUAAGCUCGAUUCUGCCGAAUGGCAAACCGUAUCACUACUUCAAAGGUAUCCCGUAUGCCACGGCACCAGUUGGUGAACUACGGUUUCGUGCUCCGGUUCCACUCGAUCGCUUCCGUGUCCCGAUUGUCGACUGCUGCGUGGAGCGUGCAGACUAUGUGCAGUUGGAUUUCUUCACAGAAGUAGUGUUUGGUGCCGAAAGUGCUCUCUAUUUAAACGUUUACACUCCAGUGCAGCAACUCCCAGUGGAAUCAAAUGGCACCAGAUUGCCUGUGAUGGUGUUCCUGCAUGGAGGUGGCUUCGCAUGUGGUACUGCGAGCAGUCUCUUCUAUGCGCCCGAUUAUUUUCUACAGCGAAAUGUGAUCGUUGUCACAGUUUACUAUCGGUUGGGACCGCUUGGAUUCCUCUAUCUGCCAGAAGCAGGAAUCGAGGGAAAUGCUGGACUAAAGGAUCAGUUGAUGGCGCUACGUUGGGUCAAUGAAAACAUUGCUCAGUUUGGUGGAGAUCCGCAGUGUGUGACUCUGUUCGGAGAAAGCGCCGGCAGCUUCUCUUCCUAUCUUCACAUGCUUUCACCCAACUCACGCAAAUAUUUCCACCGCGUUAUCUGCCAGAGUGGAGUCGUCUGUUCGAGUUCCUUCAUGCAAAAGGACGGAGUUAAGAUGGCCUUCAAUUUGGCGCGCUAUUUUGGCUACGAAGGAACGACUCAGAAAGGAGCACUCGAAACGUUGCUCAAGGUUCCAGCACGACAACUCGCCAAACAUCAACGAAAGGCUCUGGAUAAGGCAGAGAAGCACAAUGAUCUGGUGUUUGUAUUCCUUCCUGUGGUAGAGAAGACGCAUUCGAACGACAGUAUCAUCACACAAGAACCGGAACAGAUGAUUAAGACAUAUGACACGUUACGGAUACCACUGCUGGAGGGAUGCAACGAUGGUGAGGGCAUACUAGGACUCUUCAUCAUGAGAAAUCAGUUCAAUGAACUCGCUCAGCUUCCGAACCGUUUAGCAUCGAAGAUAUUUCGUACUCUUCCCCCGGAAGAAAUAUCGCGGAUCAGUGAACGGAUCAAGCGAUUCUAUUUCGGUGAUGAACCGGUCGAUCGAUGGGACCGAGAACAGCUGAAGCAUCUGCUCUCGGAUACGAUUUUCAUGACCGACUCCUGGAUUAAUGCUGAAUUGUUGGCAAGAUAUCAGCCCCUUUUGCGCCACUAUCACUAUCGCUUCACGUACGAUGGACGGUUCAGUAUUCUCAAGCGGUUUUAUCGUAAUACGACGACGCCCGGUGCCUGUCAUGGUGACGAGUUGAUGUACAUGUUCUGUCCGCGCGCUCUUCCCAAACUUCCACCAACCAGUGACGAGCGUCGAGUUCGUGAUAACGUCGUCGCUUUGUGGACCAGCUUUGCCAAGCACGGCGAUCCAUCCGUGGAGUCGCGAGAUGUUGUCGACGAUCGAUGGGAUCCGGUACCUAAAAUUUAUCGCGAAGCAACCGAGUUUCGGCUCAACUGUCUCGAGAUUAACGUGCGUCCGGUGAUGGUCCCGGAUCCAUGUGUUGAACGAAGGAACUUUUGGCGUUGUCUGUUGUUAGUCGUUGGCGUGAUGGACAAGUGGUUAAACGUGUGCCCGUAUCUGGUCGCUCUUGCCCGUCUAGUGAUCGCUACGAUCGUUUUCCUCGUGCAGCAUCGUUGGCUGCGGUUCUGGCCUCCUCGGGAACGACCCCUGGUGACCGUUCGCCAGGGGAAAGUACGCGGCAUAAGCUCGAUUCUGCCGAAUGGCAAACCGUAUCACUACUUCAAAGGGAUCCCGUAUGCCACGGCACCCGUUGGUGAGCUACGGUUUCGUGCUCCGGUUCCACUCGAUCGCUUCCGUGUCCCGAUUGUCGACUGCUGCGUGGAGCGUGCUGACUAUGUGCAGUUGGAUUUCUUCUCCGGGCUCGUGUUUGGUGCCGAAAGUGCUCUCUAUUUAAACGUUUACACUCCGGUGCAGCAACUCCCAGUGGAAUCAAAUGGCACCAGAUUGCCUGUGAUGGUGUUCCUGCAUGGAGGUGGCUUCGCAUGUGGUACUGCGAGCAGUCUCUUCUAUGCGCCCGAUUAUUUUCUACAGCGAAAUGUGAUCGUUGUCACAGUUUACUAUCGGUUGGGACCGCUUGGAUUCCUCUAUCUGCCGGAAGCAGGAAUCGAGGGAAAUGCUGGACUAAAGGAUCAGUUGAUGGCGCUACGUUGGGUCAAUGAAAACAUUGCUCAGUUCGGUGGAGAUCCGCAGUGUGUGACUCUGUUAGGAGAAAGCGCCGGCAGCUUCUCUUCCUAUCUUCACAUGCUUUCACCCAACUCACGCAAGUAUUUCCAUCGCGUUAUCUGUCAGAGUGGAGUCGUCUGUUCCAGCUCCUUCAUGCAGACGGAUGGCGUUAAGAUGGCCUUCAAUUUGGCGCGCUAUUUUGGCUACGAGGGAACGAGUCAGCAGGGAGCACUUGAAACGUUGCUCAAGGUUCCCGCGGAGCAACUCGCCAAACAUCAACGAAAAGCCCUCGGUAAGGCAGCGAAACAUAGUGAUUUAGUGUUUGUAUUUCUUCCGGUGGUGGAACAAACGCUCAGCAAUGAUAGCAUUAUCACACAAGAACCGGAACAGAUUCUUAAAACAUAUGACACGUUACGGAUACCACUGCUGGAGGGAUGCAACGAUGGUGAGGGCAUACUAGGACUCUUCAUCAUGAGGAAUCAAUUCAAUGAGCUCGCUCAGCUUCCGAACCGUUUAGCAUCGAAGAUAUUUCGUGCCCUUCUGCCGGAAGAAAUAUCGCGGAUCAGUGAACGGAUCAAACGAUUCUAUUUCGGUGAUGAACCGGUCGGUCGAUGGGACCGAGAACAGCUGAAGCAUCUGCUCUCGGAUACGAUUUUCAUGACCGACUCCUGGAUUAAUGCUGAAUUGUUGGCAAGAUAUCAGCCCCUUUUACGCCACUAUCAUUAUCGCUUCACGUACGAUGGACGGUUCAGUAUUCUCAAGCGAUUGUUCAUGAAUGCAAGGACGUCCGGAGCCUGUCAUGGUGAUGACUUGAUGUACAUGUUCUGUCCACGCGCUCUUCCCAAACUUCCACCAACCAGUGACGAGCAUCGAGUUCGUGAUAACGUCAUCGCUUUGUGGACCAGCUUUGCUAAGCAUGGCGAUCCAUCCGUGGAGUCGCGCGAUGUUGUCGACGAUCGAUGGGAACCCGUACCUAAAAUUGAUCGAGAAGCAACCGAGUUCCGACUCAACUGUCUCGAGAUUAACGUGCGUCCGGUGAUGGUCCCGGAACCAUGUGUGGAACGAAGGAACUUUUGGCGAUCGUUAUAUGAGACAAGUGUUAAGGGAUGAAGGACUCU